AUCUAGAACAAGUCUAGAACCCUAUACCAGGCCACACACUCGAUUAGGCAAUACAAGUCCAAAGUCCUUCACUUAAUUGUGCUCACUGCUCCGACCCCGUGUUACAUGCAUCAAAUCUUUAAAUGUCUGCAUCAAACACUCAUGACACGUCCACGUUGUUGUUGAAGAUAUCAUCUCUACAGGCCGAACUUUCACAUCUCCAACACCGGUAUGAUGCUUUACUUGCCACUAAAGAGCGCGCCGCCGAGAGGUACAAGGUCGACUACAAGAAAUGGCGAACUAUCAAGCAGUGGCUUUGCGAUAGUUCCGAUGGCAAGGAGAUGCAUCCAUUAUUGAAGGAUAGCAACUAUGACGUCUAUCGGAAAGUCUCUAGCAUCGACAAACGACGUAAAUUUGAAGAAAUAGGUCCGGACUUGAGUGCGUUUGACGAGGAGGAGAAGCAGAUGUGCAAGACGCUUCCUGAUGUUUUGGGUAAACAGCAGGAAGUACCAUCAACUCUCCACGCUUCACGUAGAGAAACGACUGUUUCAAUGAAAGUUGGGAUGCAGCCCACCACUCCAUUCGAACCCCUGUUUCCGAUACACGAACACUCUAUUGGCAAAGGUGUCCGAAACGAAGACCUACCCGUCGGCACAUCUGUGUUACAGAGUACCACCUCGCGUCAGGAUCCGCCCAAGAGACGCGGGCGAUAUGCCCAAGCUAUUGAUGCGACCACUAUCAAUUCACGCUUCACUAUAUGCAAAGAACGCAAUCACGGCGUAGACUUCCAGUUUGAUGAAGUGGUCAAGAGCCGCGAGGAGCGAAAAAAGAUGCUUGCUGACGAUUGUGAAUGCUGUCGUGGUUACUAUGAGGGCGUUGGACCGCUGCCCAAGCCCCUCCAGCAACCACUUUGGCGUUCACCCUCUUCAACGCCUACUAAGAAACGCCGGUUAUCCUUUGACAGUCUCUCAGACUGCAAAGAAAACCGUGACGACAUCGAGCACCACAAGAAAGAGAUAUCACGACAUCGGCACCAUUGGUAUCGUGCCAAGACACCACCCGGCUACUGGGACAUUGGUUUCCCUGACACACAAGAGACAACUGACAUCAACCGACGUGCCGCAGAGAUGUAUGCACAGAAACUGUUAGAGGUUGAGAGCGAAGCACGGAGUGGCAAGGGAAGAUAUGUCGAACGGAUAGCAUGAGUAUACAAUACCCCUGGCUGGGCCCUCAGGUAAUAUUGAUAUUAUGGAUAUUUGUCCUCGGGACGAUGGGAAAAACUCGACCCGACAUCACAUACUACACAAAGCGGAAUGGAUCACAAUCUCCCCCAUACUUUGGCUGUUUCCAUGUUAGGAUUUAAUUUUGUUGACGAUAUUAGGCAGGCGUACCAGUCAAGCACUGCGAUCACGAGAAAGUUUG